CGUGCCCCACGCCUCCCUGACGUCGGCAGUGGGUGGACGGGAACUUCCUAGUCCGGAUUUACUUUAUGUCAACAAAACCGGAGGCAGAGUCCAGCCGCGGUGACGUGUAUCUUGAAAACCCCGGUUCCUCCUCCGGUACCGGUUGAAAAGUCCGACUCUCCCGCCUUUGUUCCUUCGUCGCUUUCUUGUCGACCGUUUCUGGAUGUAAAAAUGACUUUCCGUCGAGUUCUCUCCGCGGUUCUUGUACCGACCUGUUGGGUGUUCGCGUCCGUGGCGGAGGAUGUGACCACAGCCGCCGCCGCCGCCGCCGCCACCGGCGGCACCGCGACGCCCGGACCCGCCGUCACCAACUCCAGCGGGCUGAACUCCACACACGGCGGCGGUAAGAGCAGCGGGGGGCUGAUCGACGGCCUGAAUGUGAACAGCUCGAUGAUCCAGCGGGCCCUGUACGUCCUCAUCGGCAUCACCAUGAUCGGAGUCCUCUACUUCCUCAUCCGAGCUGUGCGGCUGAAGAAGCCCGCCCACAGGAAGAAGUACGGUCUUCUGUCGAACUACGACGAGUCUGUGGAGAUGGAUGCGGUGGACAGUGACGAGGAUGACACGCUGUAUGAAGCUCGCAGCCUCCGCAGAUGAGUCCAGCUGGAGUCCCCCUGUCUCUCGAUGGAUCAGACGGGCGGAGACCUGCUAGUGUUUUCUGGAAGAUAUCGAUAAGGAGCCUGUCAGGUGAUAUUGAUUAUGGAUUGGGAGGAUGAGGACUGACCAGUGACUGGCGGGACGAAGAAAAAAGGACCAAAUACUAUAAUUAUAAUUGCAGAUAAAUGCCAAAGCUACAAGCUGCUCCAGAAGCUGAGCAGGAUAAUAAAUAUUUUUUUAAGGUGGUGUUGGAUCCGAUCGGUGCAGUAAGUCGUCCUGGUUUCAUGGAGAAGCAGGACGCUGUCUGCCGGUCGUCACGAGGCCAAAUUUUCCUCCUCUGUGUUUAAUUAUUAUUAUUUCGAAGCGUCUUUUUCUAUGAAUUUCAUUUGUCUUGCUUUUUCAUUCUGAGCUCUGACUAUGUGCUUCAGCUACUGUAAACUGACUCCAGACCGGCUGAUAAACCGGCUCAGUGCUGAUCCGAUCACACAGCAGCAGCAGUGAUCGAUCUGAACGUCUGCGACCGACCCGGACCCGGACCCUGACCCUCCACGCUGCACAGAUCUGAUCCGGACGCCUUUAGAGGAACUCGGGCACGUCGGUGUCGACGUCAACAUCAGCUUGGUUUCUGGCGUCUUGCGAGGGGGCGGCUUCAAGCGUUCAGAAUAUCCUGUUAGAGGAAAAUCGUGAUCGAUCUCCAGAAACCGUGGCUCUAAGGGCCGAGCUAACGUUGCACUCUCCACCUCAAUGCAGAGAAUCAGGGAAACGAGGACUCGCACAAAGUCUCACACAUUCUAAACUGUGGGGGGGGGGGGUAUAAACACGAGGGAGUCUGAAGUCGUCCUGGAGAAAUCAGAACAAAUACUGAUGAAAUAGUCUGUCUCGCCGCUUCUUCCAGGCUUUUGAGACAAGGUCAAACACACGAAUGUUAAACAACUAUUUCGGUGUUUUCUCAUCUAAAAACGCAGAAUAUUUCGGGGGUUUGUCGAGAAAACCACUACUGAAGUAGACACUUCCCUGAACAUCUGCAGCAGAUGUGGAGAGUGCGAAGUUAGUACCUCAAGUCGAUGGGAAAGACGAGAUCUGGAAAUGAGCCCAAUUUUUCCUCGAAGUUGCUCUUUAAUACGAUUACGACUCAGCAAACCGGGGGGGGUGAAUAUUUCACCCUCAGAAUACUGUGUACAAUCCACGGAGAGCGGGAUGACCCCGCCCCCCCAGCAGGUAAAUCCUGCCCCGGUCGUGCUCAGGUGUUUGUGGUGUCUAUUUUCUGUCUUGUUCUAUGGAGCCGUCAUUUCCUCAUCAUUUCGAAGGAACUUUUCUGGAAAGAACUCUCUCAUUUGGUGCUAAUUAUAAGAAAAAACACCGAGUAAAAAUUAAUUCAUGAUUCAUUUAUUAUUUGAAACUUUCCUCCUCACACAUGUCGAGUUGUUUUCUUGCCUGUAGGCAACUUUAAUAUUUUUGCAUAUUCAGCUGCUGUGCACUGACUGAGCCUCUUUGGUUAAAUCCAUUUCAGUCAAAUGUAUGAAUUUAACACUAAUUAGCUCCAAGUUUCAUGGUUCUUUCCGGAAAACGUCUCAGAAAUCCUUUGACAAUGUGUUCCCAUAAAAUAAAAGGCUGCCCACGUUUUCUCUGCCCAGUGCUGACGUCCAGUAUUUCUGACUGCCAGAAAAGUGCCAAACCUGCCAGUUUCAUCCACUUUGGUUCCAGAGUUUUAGAGAUCAUGUCUUAAAAAUCAUUAAACUGUGUUCUAUUUGAA